AUGGACCCAGAGCUGCGCCUCUGCCGCCGGGACAGGGUCGGGCUCCCUGCUCAGUCUCCGCUGGAGGGGGGUGUCUGUGCCCCGCUGGGGGCGGGAGGGGGCAUCAGCCUGGCCUGGAAACCGGUGUGUGUGUUCGUGGCUAGGUCUUUCCGCCGCGCUCUGGGCAGGCCCGGGGACACUAUGCCGUGUGCCCCGCUUCCCCGCACGGCUCGCGGGAGGGGACUCCCUCAGCCGCCACCACCCCACAGCAAGGCGAGCAGCGCGCAUGCGCCUCGAGAAACAUCCACCCCCCCCAACGGGGCAGGAGGCCCGAGCGGGAAUACGAGCCCCAGAAUGCCCUGUAGGACUACAAAUCCCGGCGUGCCCCGCGCGGAGCCAGCCGGUGCGCAGGCGCGGUGUACUGGAGGGGAGAGAGAUCUAGCUCCGGCUGACCAGCUCACGUGCAGGGAAGCCAUGUCCCAGCCCGGCUCUGCUUGCCAGCCGCCGCCUGACGUUGACACAGAUGACUGUCUCCAGGACUAUUCCUACCUCUUCAGCCCGGAUAUCCUCAAGGGCAAAGUUGCGUUCAUCACUGGAGGCGGCUCUGGGAUUGGAUUCCGUGUAGCAGAGGUUUUCAUGAGGCAUGGCUGCCGUACAAUCAUUGCCAGCAGGAACUUGCAGAGAGUAGCUGAGGCUGCCAAGAAGCUGGAGGCUGCCACUAGUCAGCGAUGCCUGCCUCUUUCUCUAGACGUCCGGCAGCCCCAAACCAUCAUGGCCGCGGUGGACGAGGCUGUGAAAGAGUUUGAACGAAUUGACAUCCUCGUUAACAAUGCUGCUGGUAACUUCCUGUGCCCGGCCAGCGCUCUGUCCUUCAAUGCCUAUAAGACAGUGAUCGACAUUGACACCCUCGGCACCUUCAAUGUCUCCAAAGUGCUCUAUGAGAAAUGCUUGAGGGACCAUGGCGGGGUUAUAGUUAACAUCACAGCGACCUUGAGCUACAGAGGGCAGGUUCUCCAGGUGCAUGCCGGGACGGCCAAGGCGGCUGUAGAUGCAAUGACCAGGCACCUGGCAGUGGAGUGGGGGCCCAACAACAUCCGUGUCAACAGCCUGGCACCAGGCCCCAUUGCGGGCACUGAGGGAUACCGGCGGCUCGGUGGCGCUCAUGCAGAAGCGGACAGCUACUUUGAUACAGUGCCCCUCCAUAGGGCAGGGAAUAAGACGGAGAUUGCCCACAGUGUGCUGUACUUGGCGAGCCCCUUGGCAUCCUAUGUGACUGGCACAACCCUGGUGGUUGAUGGGGGGAGCUGGCUGACCUCUCCUAACAACUUCCCCGCACUGUUGGAUCAUUGGGCCAUGGAAGUGAAGAAAGACAAAUGA